UGAUCCUCAAGAAAAUCGAACAACAAAAUUUUCAAAUAUUCCAACUUUUCUCCGUUGAGAAGCCCCAUACUCGGUGCAAUUUCAGUCGACAUAAUCAUGAAGUUCUUCAAUAUUGUGGCAUGCAUUAUAGCCAUGUGGGCUGCCGUGGCCGCGACUUCCUGCGGCGCGCAGUCUCAGCCACCGGCCGGUGGUCCUAGCCCGGCAUUGGACUGCAGCACUCUGAUCUACGACAUGAUUGAUUGCAUGCCGUUCUUGAGCAACGGGGGCCACCAAACGAAGCCUGAUGAAUCUUGUUGUUCCGGCCUCAGGGCUGUGGUGGAGACUGAUGCAGAUUGCAUUUGUUAUGCCGUAAACAGCGCGGCUGGUCUAGGACUUGAUAUUAACAUGACUAGGGCGGAGGCUUUGCCUUCUCGCUGUGGGGUUUUUACUCCGCCAAUCGAUGCCUGCAUCAUGUCGAGCACUCCAGGGGCAUCUCCAGCUAAUCCUCCAAAAGCCAUUGGUGCACCUUCACACUCUCCAAAUCUUCCUCCUACCGCACAGCCACCGGUCGCGGUCGCGGCUGCCCCCUUCGCCCCAGCAAGAGCACCGGUUUCUCAAGCUCCGGCACCCUCAUAUGAAAGCUCCGGUGCAUACGCCAUAUCAGCCAUAUUUUCUAUUAUUUUUACUAUUAUUCUUUUCCUCGUUCUUUAGUUAAUAUGGGUAGGGUUAGUUUAGAGUAUAUAAUUAUG